GACAUAAGGUACCGUGGGUAGGUGGCUGAAAGUAGAAAAGCUGGAGGGUGGGAGCUUUAGGUCCCCAGGUACCCAAACCCCCGAUCACAGCAGAGCCCUGCCCACUCCCCGCAGGGCGAUCGGAAGCCCGGCGUCCUUGGUCCCACGGCCGCCCUCGGUUGGCCGGUUCCUGCCCAGUCUCCACCCAGUCCUAGGCCCGGAUCAAAUCUCGGUGCCUCCGCCCAGUUUACCCCACAGCAGCCCACUCGCCUCACUGCAUGCCUGGGGCCAUCCCCUCCGCGCGGGGUGCGCCCUGGUCCACCUCCCAGUGAGCCCACCUCUCCUAUUUCGGGGAUCCAGCCGCGGGCUGGAGUGGGGUCCCGCUCCGCUUGGGAACCGAGGGGCCUCCUGCAGUGAUGCCAGCUCCCCGAGGGCGCCAGGCUCCUAGUUCUGGUUCUGCCGGCUGCCCGCUGUGACUUUAGCCCAGCGUCUUCCCUCCGUGCGCCUGUUUACCUGACUGACCUGGUUGGUGCUCCUUUCUACGACUUAGAGUCGGAGCGGCUCAGCUCGCCUCAAUUUGCUGACCAGCACAAAACAGCUCAAACUCAUCACUCUGCUGACGGCGGGCUUUUAGCAAAGAGAAAAGAAGAAAUUGGGGCCAGAGAGAGAGAAGAGAGGAGAAUCAGAUCCCAGGCGUUUGGGGAGAAGGAGCUGUAAGGAGCAGCACCCCCUCCACCGUAGCCCUUAUCAGGUGGGAACAGCAGGCUGAGAAGAGCCAGAGCCCACAGGCCUCCUGGGAGAACAGCUCUGAACAGGGGAUGUGGUGGUGAGGCAGAAUCUGCAGACCCGGCCGGAAGGGGGCUGUCAGGGCCAUGGCCCAGGUCAGCAUCAACAGUGACCUUGGCGAGUGGGGCUUCAGCACGGAUGCUGGGGAGCGGGCCCGUCUGCUGCAGAGUCCCUGUGUGGACUCGGACCCGAAGAGUGAGGGGGAGGCCUCUCCUGAAAGUCUGAGCAGAGGCACCACGUCCUCGUUUGGGGCCAUCUUCAUUGUAGUCAACGCCUGCCUGGGGGCGGGACUGCUCAACUUCCCAGCAGCCUUCAGCACCGCCGGGGGCGUGGCCGCGGGCGUCACCCUGCAGAUGGGCAUGCUGGUUUUCAUCAUCAGCGGCCUCGUCAUCCUCGCCUACUGCUCCCAGGCCAGCAACGAGCGGACCUAUCAGGAGGUGGUGUGGGCUGUGUGUGGCAAGCUGACGGGCGUGCUGUGCGAGGUGUCCAUUGCCAUCUACACCUUCGGCACCUGCAUCGCCUUCCUCAUCAUCAUUGGGGACCAGCAGGACAAAAUUAUAGCUGUGUUGGCAAAGGAGCCUGAGGGGGCCGGUGGCAGCCCCUGGUACACGGACCGCAAGUUUACCAUCAGCCUCACCGCCUUCCUCUUCAUCCUGCCCCUCUCCAUCCCCAGGGAGAUCGGCUUCCAGAAGUAUGCCAGCUUCCUGAGCGUCGUGGGCACCUGGUACGUCACUGCCAUCGUUAUCAUCAAGUACAUCUGGCCGGAUAAGGAGAUGACCCCGGGGGACAUCCUGACCAGGCCAGCUUCCUGGAUGGCCGUGUUCAAUGCCAUGCCCACCAUCUGCUUUGGAUUUCAGUGCCACGUGAGCAGCGUGCCCAUCUUCAACAGCAUGCGGCAGCCCGAGGUGAAGACCUGGGGCGGGGUGGUGACGGCCGCCAUGGUCAUAGCCCUCGCCGUGUACAUGGGCACAGGCAUCUGUGGCUUCCUGACCUUUGGAGCGUCUGUGGACCCCGACGUGCUCCUGUCCUACCCCUCCAACGACGUGGCCGUGGCCGUGGCGCGCGCCUUCAUCAUCCUGAGCGUGCUCACCUCCUACUCCAUCCUGCACUUCUGUGGCCGGUGAGCCCCUGCCCACGGGGGUGCGCCCUCGGGGCCCCUGAUAACCCUUUAUCCCGGGGUCCUUUGACCUUGUAUGGACCCUGUUUGUAGAAGGAGAAACUGAAGCCCACGGGGAAAAGUCAGUGCCUACCCCCAGCCGG